UAUCACCGAAUCACAACGAAAUUUUCGCUUGGCACUGUCUGUAAGGUUACCAGUCAACAACCGCGAUGGGCGUAGGUAGCUGCGUGUGGAUGUUUGGUGUGGUGGUGCUGUUGGCAGCAAAUGGAGGGGAUGGCCACGGGCGUUUGAUGGAACCAGUAGGUCGAUCGUCCGCCUGGAGGAAGGGCUUCAACACCCCGAUCAACUGGGAGGACGAUGAGCUCAACUGUGGCGGUUUUGGCGUAAGCAAACUCACCGACGGGUCACAGUGGGACCAGAACGACGGCAAGUGUGGGGUGUGUGGCGACAACUGGGCCGACCCCCAGCCCAGGGACAACGAGGCUGGUGGAAAAUACGGCAAAGGAAUCAUUGUUGCUAACUACAAUAUGAACCAGAAAUUACCCAUCGAGGUAGAACUGACUACUAGUCACUGGGGCCACUUCGAGUUCCACCUGUGUGUCAACAAUGAUCCGACUCAUAUUGUUGAGCAGGAAUGUCUGGACAAGCACAUCCUAGAGCUAGCUGAUGGCUCUGGCACCAAUUACCCAAUAAAUUACAUCUUCGACCCAGUGAACCUUACCAUCCCAGUGAUUCUGCCAAAAGGUGUAUCAUGCACCCAGUGUGUCCUUCAGUGGCACUACAGAUGCGGUAACAGCUGGGGAGACUGUGGCAACGGCACAGAGGGCAUGGGAUGUGGACCCCAGGAGUGGUUUAGAGGAUGUGCUGACAUAUCCAUUUCCUAGAGGGAAUCCAAGUAAUUUCCCUACAAGAGCCUAAUGCAGCCCUAAAGCUUCCAAGUUUCAUGUUCUUCAGAUAUACUUGGGUUAGUUCGGGAAAUUGUCUUUCCCAAGUGUAGAGGUUUUAUAUUAUUAAAUAAAACCUAAACUAAGGCAUUUUACCACCAUUUUUAAAAGCAUUUGCAAGGCAA